AUGUCAGACUACUACAACUCAAACCCGUAUCCCCCUCCGCCGGGGAGUGGACACAAUACGUACCCGCCUCCUCCGCGAUCACAAUACGAGGGUGGGCAAACCUACACUGCUCCACAGUCCUCCUAUGGAGAGUAUCAGCCUGCUCGUGAAGACCAAUACCGAUCUUCCCCGCGUAAUUCUGGAAUGCAGGUCGGCCAGUACGCGGGCGAGUACGAGUACAAUCGCGAGCGUCGCAACUCGGGCCCCUAUGCUGCCAGCCAGUAUCGAGGCGGUGACAACUCUUCAUACUAUGCGCCUCCGUCUCAAGGAAACGACGAUCGCUACGACGACCGCCCGAGCUCCCGCGGCUCAAGGCGGGAAAGGGAAAGAGAAAGGUCACGAGGAAGAGAAGAGAAGCAUCACGGCGGGCACGAGAAGGGGAAGGAGAUAGGGGCUACUCUCCUUGGUGGCGCGGUUGGUGGAUGGGCUGGCCAUGAACUGGGCCACAGCAACAGCCUGAUCACCGUUGCCGGAGCUCUUGCCGGUGCAUAUGCUGGUCACAAGCUCGAAUCCAAGCAUGAGAAGGACAAGGUUAAGAAGAGAGAACGCCGGGAAGGCGAGGCUUACGGCGAAUACGAUGACGACUACGAUGACCGGAGAAGCCGCUCUGUCUCUCGGUCUCGCAGGAGGUCAGUGAGCAGGCGGAGGGACCGCAGCAGCAGCAGCAGUGAGAGUGAUAGCAGCAGGCGCAGGCAUCAUCACCAUCACUGA